CAACAAAUUAAGACACACAACACAUAUAUAUAAUUAUAGUUUUGUUGUUAAUUAGCAUUAAUUCAUCAUCAUCAUCACAAACAUGUCUCAUCGUUAAUCAUCAUCAUUUUAUUUCUUCUUCUUCUUAAUUAUUAUAGAUAUCUAUAUAGUAGUUUUAUAUUAAUUAAUUGAUAAUAAAAAUACCAAAAAAAAAAAAAAAGAGAUCAUGGCCGGAGGAAUGAUAUUUGGAUUGUGUUUAUGGGUAUUUUGUACAAUAUUGGCAAAGGCUGAAGAUCCUUAUUUGUACUUCACAUGGAAUGUUAGCUAUGGCACUCUUUCUCCAUUGGGUGUUCCUCAACAAGUCAUUCUCAUCAAUGACCAAUUCCCUGGCCCAAACAUCAACUCCACCUCCAACAACAACAUUGUCAUCAAUGUCUUUAAUAAUCUAGACCAACCUUUGUUAUUCACAUGGGUAGGAAUCCAACAAAGGAAGAACUCAUGGCAAGAUGGGGUGUUGGGAACCAAUUGCCCUAUUCUUCCCGGAACCAACUACACUUAUAGAUUCCAAGUUAAGGAUCAAAUAGGCAGCUACUAUUACUACCCUUCCACCGCCAUGCAAAGAGCUGCUGGAGGAUUUGGCGGUCUUCGCAUUAACAGCCGUCUCCUUAUCCCCGUCCCUUACCCUGAUCCAGAAGACGACUACACCGUCCUCAUUGGCGAUUGGUACACCAAAUCCCACCACAUCCUCAGAAAGUACUUGGAUGUGGGUCGAUCCCUAGGCCGCCCUGAUGGAGUCCUAAUCAACGGUAAAAAUGCCAAGGGAGAUGGAUCUGAUGAGCCCCUCUUCACCAUGAAGCCCGGUAAGGUUUACAAGUACAGAAUCUGCAAUGUCGGGAUGAAAAAUUCACUCAAUUUUAGAAUCCAAGGACACCCUUUGAAGCUCGUCGAGAUGGAAGGAUCUCAUACCGUUCAAAACACUUACGAUUCUCUUGAUGUCCAUGUCGGACAAUGCUUCUCUCUCCUUAUCACAGCCAACCAAGACCCCAACAAAGAUUAUUUCAUGGUUGCCUCCACACGUUUCACCAAGUCUGUUCUCGUUGGUAAAGGUGUCAUUCGUUACGCUACCGCUAAAAAUCCUGCCCCACCAUCACCUGAGCUUCCCGAGGCUCCAGUGGGGUGGGCCUGGUCUUUGAACCAGUUCAGAUCCUUUAGGUGGAACCUGACCGCGAGUGCGGCCAGGCCAAACCCUCAAGGAUCUUACCACUACGGAAAAAUCAACAUCACUAGGACCAUAAAGCUGGCGAACUCGGCUGGGAGGGUUCAGGGUAAACUACGGUACGCUAUCAACGGGGUUUCACACGUGGACCCUUACACCCCACUGAAGUUGGCUGAGUAUUACAUGGUGGCCGAUAAGGUUUUCAGUUAUGAUGUUAUUAAGGAUGAGCCUCCAGCUGAGUUGGAGAAAUCGAUAACAGUGCAAACUAACGUCAUUAACCAAACUUUCCGUAACUUUGUUGAGAUUAUCUUUGAGAAUAGAGAAAAGAGUCUUCAAUCUUGGCAUUUGGAUGGCUAUUCCUUCUUUGCUGUAGCGGUUGAGCCGGGUCGAUGGACACCCGAGAAGAGAAAAGGGUACAAUCUUUUGGAUGGAGUGAGCAGGCACACAAUCCAAGUGUUCCCAAAAUCAUGGGCGGCGAUCAUGUUGACAUUUGACAACGCUGGAAUGUGGAAUCUUCGAUCAGAGUUGACAGAGCGCCGCUACUUAGGGCAACAAAUGUACAUUAGUGUUCUUUCUCCAGCGAGGUCUCUUAGGGAUGAGUAUAAUUUGCCUGACAAUGCCUUGCUUUGUGGCAUUGUUAAGGACAUGCCAUGGCCUCCUCCUUACAGCAUCAACGCCGCAUAAUCAUCGUGAUCAUAUGAUGAUCAUGAGCGCCAUGCAUGGCUUCUUCUUAUGAGUACUUCUGCUAUUUUUACUACGUACUAAGAUCUACUGAUGAUGAUGAUCUUAACUAUAAUUACCAUCAUCAAUCAAUACUUAAUUGAUCCAAUUUUAAUGUCUUUUUUUUUGUUUUGAUUUUUGUUUUGAUGUAAUUUCUUUUUUCAUUUAUUUAGAAGGAAUAUUGAUAUCCAUCAUUCAUUAUGAUAUUCUUUGAUUUCAAUUAUAUAUUGGGAAUUGAGUAAAGUAAUAAGAAGGUUUCUAUAUA